GUCUCUCCUUCGCUCUCUUUUUUUGUUUUAUCUUUCUCUCUUCCACUGUCUUUCAAUCCCUGUCUUUCCCCCUUCUCUACUUCCCAAACCGCUGGUUAUCCGGUUUGGAUGAGAGUCUUGCUUGUCCGCUCUCGGCCCUUCAUUCGCGUCAAGUGACUACUUGGCUUAUCUGUCCCGCGGCUUUGGGUUUAUGAUCUCAACGUGACCAAUCGUUCUGGAUAACGAUAUCACCGACUGCCCCUCGUGUGUUUGAACGGGCCUUUUGACGACAUAGACUAUAUCGAACGCAUGAUUUCACCAUGGCAGACUCGACAAAAUCGAAGCGGGUUAUCUCCGUGAUUGCGGGAACCCUCGUGGCCUUGGCCUGUGGUACCAACUAUGCCUAUUCUGCAUGGGCCCCUCAAUUUGCCCACAAGAUGAAAAUCUCGUCCACCGAGAGUAACUUCAUUGGUGCGGCCGGUAACUUGGGAAUGUACGCCUCAGGGAUUCCGUUGGGGUUGUUAACGGAUGCUCGGGGACCCCGUCUCACCACCUUUAUCGGAGGAAUCGCCCUUGGGAUAGGGUAUUAUCCGAUUUAUCAAGCCUAUAGCCAUGGGCAGGGAUCACUGGGGAUCGCGUUGCUCUCGUUAUUCUGCUUCCUCACGGGUUUUGGAAGUUGCUCUGCCUUUUCCGCUUCUAUCAAGACCGCGGCAUCCAAUUUCCCCGAUCACCGCGGUACCGCGACUGCAUUUCCUCUCGCCGCCUUUGGCCUGAGCGCCUUCUUCUGGUCCACCGUUUCCGCUGUCCUCUUCAAAGAUGAUACCGGCCAAUUCCUCCUGCUCCUCUCUCUGGGGACCUUCUUUCUCAACAUGGUGUCCAUUCCGUUCCUUCGAAUCAUGCCCCCGACCGAGGAGUAUCAAUCGCUGGCCCGGGAACGAGUCCCAGCCGAGACCCGCCGGCUUCGCAAGCACCGGUCCAGCGAGAUGCUGUCCGUGGGAGAGACUGGCGAUGAAGGUGCUCAGAGUUCGACCGCUUUCGAGUCUCAAUCCCGGCUUCACGUACGGUCCCAAUCUUCCGUGUCGAACUCGCACGUGCGGACUCACAACCCCGACCUCGAUGAAACGUCGUCGCUGGUGUCCAAGACGACCUCGAGGCACUCGCGAGACUUUUGGCACGGGAACGAGGAAGACGAGGACGAUGGGCUGUCGGCCGUUGGCCUUGACUCGCCUCAUCAAGACGUUAGAGGCUUGGCGAUGCUGCCGAGGGUCGAGUUCUGGCAGCUUUUUCUGACCAUGGCGCUGCUGUCCGGAAUCGGACUGAUGACCAUCAACAAUAUUGGCAAUACGACCAAAGCUUUGUGGAUGCACUACGAUGAUAGCGCCAACGACAAGUUCAUCCAGCAACGGCAGGUCAUGCACGUGUCGGUCCUGUCCUUUGGCAACUUUGUUGGCCGACUUCUUAGUGGUAUCGGCUCCGACAUUCUGGUCAUGAAACUGGACAUGUCGCGAUUCUGGUGUCUCUUCGUCUCCGCAUUCGUCUUCACGGUGACGCAGAUGGCCGGCGCCGCGAUCACCAACCCGCACCAGCUGGUGGUCGUUUCGGGGUUCACCGGUGUCGCGUAUGGCUUCCUGUUCGGAGUCUUCCCGUCCCUGGUCGCCCACACCUUUGGCAUCGGCGGUCUCUCCCAGAAUUGGGGCGUGAUGACGCUGGCCCCGGUGUUGAGCGGCAACGUGUUCAACAUGCUGUAUGGCAGCAUCUACGACCGUCACUCCAUCGUGGGAGAUGACGGCGACCGGGAUUGCCUCGACGGUCUCGGCUGCUACCAGGCUGCCUACUACACCACCUUUUUCUCCGGAGUGGCGGGCAUUCUGGUCUGUCUGUGGAGCAUCGUGCACGAGCGUCAGAUCCACGGGUCUUUCCGCAAGAAGCAGGACCAUGAACGUUUGGCCUAAACGCGGGUCGACCGGUGCCGUGCACUUGGUUUGCGCCCGUUGGCCGAGGAUUCGCAACAUAUCGUUCAUUCACUCUUGAUCUUGUGGAAAUUUUUUUUUUUUUUUUUAUCUUGGACAUAUAUACCCAUGAUUCAAUCCCUUGAUUUCUUUGCCUUGAUUCCGUUUUCGUUUCACAGUUAUAUAGCUAUUGUUUCGGCUUGCGAUCGUUAUAGAAGUGCCGGCGGUCUCCUGAUGAGCUGCAAAGGCACGCAUGUUCACUACUGCAAUUGAAGAAGUAAUUGUCACUCAGCUAGAAAUAUACCCAUGACAUUCAA